AAGAAAAAGAACGAGGAGGUCAGGAAGACGUUAUCAAACGACCGCGAUUUAUGAGGGAUUUUGCACUAGCCGCCUACUAAUUUUUACAAAAUGGAACCCCAUGCGCCAUUAGCUACGAUAGAUGAAUCUUUCAAAGAAAACAGUGUUCAAAUGAUUAAAACUGAAUUGGUUGGUUGCCUGGAAGGCUCCAUGGAAAAUCUGCAGCAGAUAUGGAACGAGAUCGGGAUCUCAGAAGAGCAGAAAGAAGAAAGGACACAUGUCGUUCUAAAACAUUUACAGACUCUUCUACAGGAAAUGGUGGAAGAGGAGAGACAAUUGAAAACCACUUUGAUGGAGAAUGUAAAGACAUGUUCUGCAGAUCUACAGCAGUUAUCAAACGAACUGGGAAUCGAAUAUCCAACGUUCCCGGAAGGAAUCAGUAUUCUUAAACUAGAAAAUGACCUGAGAACAAAAGUUGAUGAAUUCAAAGUGGAGAAACACAAGAGAAUCAAGGAGCUUAAGAAACUGCGCGAACAAGAGAAUGUAUUCUGCAAGCGUCUGUGCCUUCCUGCUCACAACUUUGGCCAAAAUUUUGUUGUACCAAACAAGGAACAUAUCAGGGAAUUAGAAGCAAAUAUUGAAUACCUGAAGAAUGAAAUGAUUAAAAGACUGGAAAGUUUUAAGAAAAUCAAAGCAAAUGUGAUGGAACUGUGGAAGGAAUUGGAAGAAGUUCCCAAGACGACAGUAGAAACAGAGAUGGCCAUGGACAGUGCAGAAACAACUUUUGAGCUGUCUGCUAUUAACCUGGAAGCUUUGAAAGUCUUGGAGCUAGAGCUGGAACAUCAGAAGACCAUCAACAUUAACAUUUCAAAACAACUGCGAGAAGAAAUCCAGUCACUUUGGACUAAACUUGAAAUAUCCGAGAAUGAGUACAAGCCAUUCUUGGCACACUGGCAUGGAUUCAAACGUUCUACUAUUAAUGCGAUGGAAAGUGAAAAACAGAGAUUACAAGCACUAAAACUAAAACACAUGCAGAAAUUCAUUGAAGGCCUAAGGAAAGAAUUGACUAAUUGGUGGGAUAAGUGUUAUUUUGCACCAGCACAAAGAGAAGCCUUCUCUCCAAUUAAUGACACUGACUAUACAGAAGAGCUUCUUAACAUGCAUGAACACCAGGUGGAAGUCAUGAAGAGUUUCUAUGAACAAAACAAACACUUGUUCAAGAUGGUAGAGAAAAGGGAAACAAUGUUUGCAAAGAUGGCGGAAUAUGAGCUGAAGAAAAAUGAUGUCAAUAGGUUUUCAAACAGAGGAGGUGCCUUACUAAAGGAGUGUAGAGCCAGAAAAGUGCUGGAGAAAGAAUUACCAAAGCUUGAGAGGGAACUUAAAGAGGAUAUAGAGAAAUGGGAGACUGAUAAUGAACAACAGUUUCUUGUUAAUGGUGUACAAUACACAGAUACUAUGGUACAACAAUGGGAGAACAUGAAGUUAGAGAAAGAACAAAUGAAAUUAGAAAGGCAAAAGAAACAUCAAGACAUCAUGAAAGAAGAAUUACUGUUUGGAAGCAAACCAGUCACACCCACAAAAAGAAGAUUCAUUGGCACACCAUCGAAGACUACACCAAAUAAACAAAGAAAGAUGGACACUACAUCCACACCAUCCAGAGUGACAUUAGCAAGCAUGUGUCAAUCACCUUGUAAAACCAAAUCAUCAGGCCGUCCUCCCAUAGGAAGCAGUACAAAGAAACAAGGCAAAGUCAGCAGACUUGUUACUAAGGCUAAAGUGACUCCAAAAAGAGUUUCUGCCAGACUAAAAGCAAAAAGACAAGUACUUGGUGAAUCUUCGGUGCUUAACGUCAGUAAGAAGUUGAACGAUUCUCUUGGCAUGGUGGCUGGAUCAAAAAUGACCAAUGACAAGAAUACUUCACUCAUGUCUUGUAUGGAUUAUAAUGAUUUUGCUGUUGGGUUGGAGAACAUUGAAAAUGAAAAGAACAAGUGCCGAAGCAGCCUUCUUGUCGCGGAAAACAGCAUGGGAUCCUUCGUGUGAAACACUUUGAAUCAAUGAUUGAUUGCUUAUUUUUAACUUUUUAAUGUAUAUAUUUAUAUUAAUAAUCCUUGUAGAAUCGAAUACCUGGGAAUGAAAUCGAUAUUGUUAUAACGGCACUAAACACAAAAUGAGACGUAAUGGAGUGCAAACAAUAUAGUGACCACAGUAAAUCCGUGAAACUUUAGUGAUACUAAAUAGCACAAUUUCAUGCAAAUUCCAUUGUUUAAUUAGCACUAUUUUGAACAAUUUAGUAAUUAGUGUUUCACGGAUAUAUUGUUUGCACUCUAUGUUCUAGAAUGUGACACUGCACAAGACAUCAGAAUGGAUUUAUAACUAGUACAUAUUAUAGAUUGAGGAUAUUAAAAAAAGACACAGUAGAUAGACCAGUGCACAACAGAUAACGAAAUAAAGCGUUUUCACUCACGUGACAAGGCAGCUAUAUUGAUUUACCAAACAAUAGAAGGUUUCUACACAGUUUUUGCAUAAAAAUAGAGUUCAAUUCCCGGAGGAUAGAAAAUGUAUUGUUUUGGUAUUGUUUUGGCUGCUGUGACGUCACGUGAAAACAUUCUUUACUGCAGUUAGAUGAUAAAAUGCUAAAAUCAUAUAUGACUAAAAACGUUGUACGGCCCUGGCUAAACGAGGAAACAUGUUUUCUUAAAUGCUUCCAAAGGUGGCAAAACUGUUGGGAAACAUCGGGAAACAUGUUUACUCAAUAUCGGAUAGCGCAUGCGCACUUUCAAG